AUGCCGCCGCCGGCGCCGCUGACGGACGACCUCAUCGAGGAGAUCCUGAUCCGCAUCCCGCCCAACGAUCCCGCGAGCCUCUUCUACGCCGCCUUGGUCUGCAAGCCCUGGUACCGCGUCGCCUCCGAUCCUGGCUUCCGCCGCAGGCCCGUCGAUGACCCCCUCGUCAUCUGGGAUCCCAUCACUGGCGACCACCUGAAGCUGCCUGAACUGCCGAGGCAACAGGAGUGGACCAGCUGGAAUGCGGCGGUGCUCUGCGCCGCUGGGGGUUGUGACCACCUCAACUGCCGCCGUGGACCCUUCCUCGUGGCUGUGGUGGGCUGCGGUCACCGGGUGCUCUUCGGCCUCGUCUACUCAUCGGAGGCUAGCUACUGGAGCCUGCCCACCAAUUCUGUUGAGCAUGCCGAUGUGGACUACUUGGCGUGCGCUGCCCUUGUGGGGAAUGCGCUUUACUUCAAGUCUGAGAUAUGCAUCCAAGCAUUCAGGUCCAAAAUCAUCAAGUAUGAUUUGAGCACAUGGAAAAUGUCUGCAUUCUACCUGCCUUACGAAAUGAGCUUAUGGUUAACUUUUACCAUUGAUCUACCACUGUCCCAUCUUGAACAUGGGCCACGCAUUGUGCUUAUGGCCACAGAGGACGAUGCUAGGCUUGGAUUUGGUGCCGCCAUUAGUGGUAGUGUUGGAGAUGCGGGAUGGGCACAAAGCAAAGUCAUUGAUCUCCAGACACUACACCCUGCUGAUGCCAACUCCAUCUCUACUGAAUUGGUUGGCUUUGCAGAUGGCGUUGCACUCUUCUUUGUGCAGACUGUGGAUGGCCUAUUCAGUAUUGAUCUGAAAUCUGGCCAGGUGAAGAAGGUAUACAAUGGCGGUGACAUAGACAGUGUUGUUCCCUACAUGGCCUUCUGCACUCCAGGACUGGGAGCAAUAUCUGCAGGUGAGGAACUUGGAGCUGGUGCUUCCCGAGCAUCAAAGGUUCAAGUUGCUGGUGCAAGUUCUUCUAAAUCAUGA